UACCAAUCCGCAAUAGUAUGGCGGGCUUAUUGAAGGAACGCCAAAUAGACGCAAUACGAUGCAUGUUGAAUCUCAAUUCUCCACCAGUUGCCUCUGAUAUUCCUCAGUGGAAGGUCCUCGUUUACGACCAACGCGGCCGCGAUAUUAUUUCCCCUCUUUUCACCGUUAAGGAACUCCGUUCCUUCGGCGUAACUCUUCAUCUACUUUUAGAUACCUCUCGGGAGCAUAUUCCAGAUGUGCCUGCUAUUUAUUUUGUCGUCCCAUCCAGAGAAAACAUUGUAAAAAUAUGCGAAGAUUUUGAGUCUGGUCGCUACGAAUCAUAUUAUUUGAACUUCAUCAGCCCUAUCUCUCGGGAAAACCUUGAACUUAUCGCUCAGUCUGCACUAUCGGAAGACUGUGUACAGCAAAUAACCAAAGUUUUCGAUCAGUAUACCAAUUUCAUCUGCCUUGAAGAGGACCUCGUGGUGUUGCAGCCACUCCCUGCCCAGCAGUUGUCAUAUUAUGCCUUAAAUCGUCCCAACACCUCCGACAAUGAUAUAGAGCAAGUCGUCGCCUCUGCUGUCGAUGGACUGUUUUCAGUCUUUGCCACUCUUGGCACUGUGCCCAUCAUUCGGUGUUCUUGUCGUGACGCUGCUGAAAUGGUCGCCACGCGCUUGGUAUCUAAACUUCGGGACAGUUUACGUGAUUCCCGAAAUUCCUUGUUUGUCAAUUCAGAUGCAUCACGAGCGUAUGGGUUGGGCGGUGGCACUAAUGACCAUGUUGGCCCUCCUCUGAAUGACAACCAGGGAGGUAAUCAACUGCCAGGCUCAACUCGGAGUUUCAGCUUCGCUAAUCUUUUCCAAAGACCUCUACUUGUCCUUUUGGAUAGGAACUUGGAUUUAGCCACUCCAUUGCAUCACGAAUUAACCUAUCAAAGCCUUGUACAUGAUAUAUUCAACAUUCAUCUGAAUCGCAUACAAGUGGAUCUCAGCCUAACCAAAGAGGUUGCUCAGGCUACUGAUAACAAAUCGUCAAAGUCACCAUUGUCUAAGAAAACAGGCAAGCUAGAACAGUACUACUUGAACUCUGCUUCCGAUCGAUUGUGGCGCGAAUUCAGGGGAGCAGCAUUCUCCGAUGUGGCUGAGGCGAUCCGGGAAGAGGUUAAUCUUCUGCGCGAUUACGAAAAACAUAUGGGCGAGCUAAAGACUUCGAUGGGUCUGUCUGGAGACCUAAGUGGAGUGGAUGAAUCUACAUUGACUUUGUUGGACGACCAAACUUCUCGGCUUUCCACUGCCAUAAGUUCUCUUCCUCAGCUAAUGGAGCGUAAACGUUGCCUGGAUAUGCACACCAACAUUGCGACUUGCCUCGCCAAUGUAAUCACGCAUCGUCAACUGCAUGUGUUCGCUGAAGAAGAGGACAAGCUGCUAUCACGACAAGCUACUUCAGUGGGUGAUUCGUUGGCAUUAUCCGAGUUCUCCAUAAUACGGCUUCCAAAGCUUGGUCAGUUCGGCGACCAAUCCACCGGGGGUCUACGGAACAGUGCCAGCCGCAGUGUGCUCAACAAGCUUGUCUCUCAUGGAUCUGCUAUUUUCCUCACUGGCGUGCGGCAUUUGAUCGGUCGCAAAUCAUAUUUGCCAUUUACUCGCAUCGUCUCUCAGUUGAUGGAGAAUAGGAGUUGCCCUGAAUUGGAGGAAUUCCGCUAUUUCGACCCGAAACUUUUACGGCGACAAACCUCUGAGACGCCUCGAUUCAAGCAGCCUUUCAACGAUGCUUUUGUGUUUGUGAUCGGUGGUGGCUCUUACGUUGAGUACCAGGACCUCCUUGACUGGUCUCGCGCUACUACAGGCGGCGGAACUGUCCCCGGUGAGGCAACAUCAUCCAGUUCUGGCAACGCGACUGUAAUGAGCAACCUACCUGUGAAUGGCACGAAUGCUCUAGAUGUUUCAGCUACAGCUCAUUCGUCCACACCGGGGACGAACGUAAAACGAGUUGUCUACGGUUGCACUGAGCUUCUCAGUCCAAAGGAGUUCUUGUCACAACUAACCGCACUUGGAAAGGAACUCUGCUGAUGAAUCCUCCUCCCUCUCUGCGCUUCCUGCACUGAACCAUCGAAUAAAGUUCUCCCUAUUUUGACCAUAUUUUCUCAGUCUCCUUAUCUGUUCUUUGCUGAACUGAUUUUGUUUUCUCUUAUCCCAUUAUGAUUGUUUUCAAUGAAACGUGCUGUGCCUGUUUUAUUCCAUUGGACACGAUGGGGAGCUUGUCCUUGAGCUUUUUGCCUCUGCGGUUGCAUCUCUUCAUACAGUGUAAUAUAAAUCCCUUCGGCACUUUCGCCGUUUGUCGUCUGGUACUCGCGUCAUGUCCGCAUUGAGAACUUGCUCACAAACCCAAAAAUGGCGUAGUGUUUUGAACUCUCAGUAUCGUUUCUAAGUGUAGCUACGCUUCAACCAUGCUAAAAAGACCUUACUUAUCGACUGGAAAGUUAUCGCGAUUUCUACUUGUUCCACUUUU